UUUUGGGUAGGACGAAUCACGCCCAUUAUUAUAUCUAUUGAACAACAUAGAUAUAAAAAUGCCUAGGUCAGUAGCUGUAGCUAGCUAGCUGUACUGUAUAAACAAGCUCUGCAGUUGCUGUUGAAAGUUCUGGCAGUUUCUACUUUAAUGACUUGAGUGGUCUAAAACACCGACUACCCAAAAACUUGUGUACGUGUAAACUCGUUAGUCCGACCACGUGUUGUGAUGUCCAGUUCUUCGCCUGAACAGUCCCUCACACCCCCCACCAGCGACAGAACCAUCCCUCACAAUGCCUCAGCUUGCUCUGUGACUAGUAUACAUUCGGAUGUAGCUGGUAUAAUGGAGUCUUCCCUGUCUCCUCCAAGCCACACUCUGAGUUCUCACCUAAGAACUUCUCUACCAAACACCUUGUCACCCAGCUCACCCCAGCUGGCAUCAAGAGGCUCCACUGGGAAACUGCAAAGAGGUGUCAUGAAGCUACUGCGGCUACCCCAGACUCCCAAUACAGUCCACCAUCACCCCACUCUACGAGAGGACCCGCUAGAACAGAGCGUGACAAGCAAGGAGGCUCUAUUUAUGAGAAUGCUCAGAGGCUCAAGAAAAAUCAGAAGCUUUCGAAGAUCCAAGAGACGUGGCAUUGAUAAACAGUACCACUCUGAUGAUGGCUACACCUCUGACCCAGGUCUACUCAGAGAGGACUCCCUCCUACACGAUGUCGAAGAUGAUGAUGAAACUGAUGGAGGAGAUGUACAUGUAGAUGAGGUAAACAGAAAUCGUCGUCAGCAACAGAUACGCAACCUUGAGAGGAAGAUAGAGAAGAUUCGAGGCUCUCUACACGAGGAGGACUUAGUACACGGGAGUGAACAAGACCUCGUCUCUCUGCCAGAGUUAGACGACAAACCCCACGAUGAUAAACCACACAGAUCGCGACUACAUCGACCAUCUCUAAAGAACUACAGCAGAAGGAAAAAACUAGAGAACUGGGAGACUCAGUUGAGACUGCUCCAGGAGGGGGCACCUCUAGAGUCUAAAUACGCUGCCCUCAGGGAAAGGAUUGGAGGAGGCCUGCGAGGAAUGUCACUAGGACUUAAGGGAAGACUGACCUUCAACAAGAGGUCAAAGAGAUUUAAUGGCUCAAAUGCUGACGGAGUUAUUGAUGAUGACGAAGAUGAUGAAGCUUUGGAUGACAUUUCCCAGGCAACUGAAGGAGUGAUUCACAUGGAAGCAGACGAGUUUCCUACCGAAACAGAACUCCUGCCCAUGCUCAAACUGAAGGAGGAUAUGGAUGUGGUGAGGCAGACCUCUGAGGAAGCAUUACAGGAGAGCCACACUGUCAGGAAAGAACUGGAUAUGCACAAAACACGACUGGAGGAGCUGGAGCAGUGCGUCAAUACAAUCUACAACAAACUGGAACUGGAAAAGGAGAGAUCUGAAAGACUUGAGGGUCAGGUCAACGACAUAACCGAGCUGCAUCAACAUGAGGUUGGGGAGCUGCGUGCUCAGAUAGGGCAGAUGGAGAGCAUGUCAAUGAGCAAAAACCAAGACCUGGAGGACAACAUGGAGGCCUGUCAGUCUAAGCUGGAGAGACUGGACGUGUUUGUCCACCGCCUGAUAGACAGUGGAGACGAGCCGACCAGCACCAUCAGGAAGCCAGUCACAACUCUCAUCUCUCUAGUGCUCAUAGUAUUCACAGUAGUCAUCAAACUCGGAAAUUUCUUCAAGACAAAGAUUGGACUCAUGUCACUAGCAGUUUUGUUGAUAGCUGUACUGUUAGUCAUCGUAUUCUACAGGUAGCGCUGUAUUAUAUUAUACCAAUGUAUAAUCGUUCUAUUUAUUAAAUGUUCACUCUUGUCUGUACCAACAUAAUUAUUUUUUAAUAACAAGAAUUUUUGAAUGUUUUAAA